AUGGAGAAUCAAACCACUGUGGCCAAAAUUAUUCUCUUAGGAAUUUUAAUUGACCCACAACUCCAGGUUUUCCUGUUCUUGGUAUUUUUAGUUAUUUAUGUAAUAACCUUACUGGGAAACAUGGUUAUCAUGUUGAUGAUAAAGGUCGAUCCUCAUCUUCAAUCACCCAUGCACUUCUUUCUGUCCCAUUUAUCUUUCCUUUGUGACAUCUGCUAUUCCUCCAUUAUUGUCCCCAAGAUGCUGGAAAACUUCCUAGCAGAGAAGAAAACCAUUUCUGCCAGUGGCUGCAUUACCCAAAUGUUCUUUAUUAUUUUGUCAUCUGGGGCUGAAAUUUUCACUCUUGCAGCUAUGGCUUAUGACCGAUAUGCUGCCAUAUGUGACUCACUGCAUUAUAUGGAAACAAUGAAGAAACGACUCUUCCAACAGCUAGUGAUGGGUGCAUGGAUCAUUGGAUUUAUAGAUGCUCUGGUAAAUACUAUUCCUCUGCUAAAAUUACACUUCUGUGGUCCCAGUGAAAACAACCAUUUCACCUGUAAGCUCCCUUCACUCUUGGUCUUGUCCUGCACUGAGACCUUCAGCAAUGAAGUGGUGCUCCUUUCCUCCAUUGCAAGAUUUGGAUCCAGCUCCUUCCUGCUCACACUGGUCUCCUACAUUUACAUAAUUGCCACCAUCUUGAGAAUACACUCCAUGGAGGGCAAGCGUAAAGCCUUCUCCACCUGCAGCUCCCACCUUCUCAUCGUCAUUUUAGACUUUGGGACAGGUUCCUUUCGAUAUGUGAGACCCAGUUCAGUCUCUUCCAAGGGUUUGGAUAUGCUGGUGUCCAUCCAGUACAGCUUCUUGACCCCCAUGUUAAACCCCAUCAUCUACAGUCUGAAAAACAAGGAGAUGAAAAGAGCCAUGGUGAAUAUGUUGAAAAAAGCAUAUGUUUCUCAUGGAACAUAA